AAAUUUUUUUGUAGUAUACACCCUUAGAACUGUAGUAAGCAGAGUGAAAGGGCGUUCAGGUAAUUUUGAUUUAAUUUAAACAAUGCAGCAAAUCCCUAAGGCAGGUAUUCCACUAUUUCUUGCAUACGCAAAGAAUUCCCCUAAAUUGGUGUUGAAAGAACAAGAAAUCUAGUCACUAACGGAAAACCCGCAUCGAUUUGCAGCUAAAAGGCCAGGGUUGUCAGUUUGAUGUAUUGUGUUCCUCGAGAUUCUCAGACGUGUGAACUUGCCCGUUUAUUUGGUCGGGGUUAUUUUGGGUGAGUUAGAUCUGAAUAUGCUUGAACAGGGCGAAGUCAUGAAUUGGGUUUUUUGUUGGUUUGGCUCUUUAAGGUUAUGUGUUCAGUUUUAGAACUUCUAGAGCUUGGAGCCUCUGGCUGUAGAGCCAUUUUGAAGCUAUAUUUCGUGUUCGUCGCAGCAAAUUGCUCUUUGUUCUCUUGAUUUUAUCAUUGUUAUGGAUAAUGGAGGUACUGAAUCUGUAAGCUUUGCUUUUAACGUUCUAUCUCCCUAGAUUGAAGUGGUUUUAUAUAUUUGAGUUGUGAAACAGAGUAAAAGGGCUUUCAUAGAUGGGGAGGCCUUUGUUCUACGAGAUACUGGAAAAACCUGCGACCAGUUGUAUUAUAGGAAUAUGCAGUGCAAUUUGGUUCUAUAUACAGAAGAAAAACAUUGGGUACUCGCAUGUGGGUCUGAGUUAUGAGACGGCCAUUGAAGGCCACCAUUGGAGGAUAAUAACCUCAGCGUUUUCCCAUAUAAGUGUUCUCCAUCUCGUAUUCAAUAUGAGUGCCCUGUGGAGUCUUGGUGUGGUUGAGCAGUUAGGGCACAUGGGUCUUGGGAUGGAGUUCUAUCUCCAUUACACUCUGGUGUUGGUUAUUUUGUCAGGGGUGUUGGUUCUUGUGGUGUACCAUGUUUUGAUCCAAAAGUUCAAGAUAGAGUAUUUUCGGAGAGUGACUGCCGUUGGGUACUCAUGUGUUGUUUUUGGCUGGAUGACCAUUCUCUCUGUGAAGCAGCCCUCAUCGAAGUUGGAUCUAUUUGGGUUUCUUUCCCUGCCUAUCAGUUUUGCACCAUUUGAGUCACUUGUCUUUACUUCAAUAAUUGUCCCACAGGCCAGUUUCAUUGGGCAUUUAUCUGGAAUUAUUGUUGGAUACUCUAUUGCAUGGGGUUUAAUUCAUGGGAUGAAUAACUAUUGGGCAUUAUCAAUGUUGGGUUGGACUCUGCUUAUGUUUGUCUUCAGUUUGAAGAGAUCUGGAGCAUAUGAUUUCAACUUUCUUGAGAUUGAACCCGUAACAGAUCCUUCCUUGCCGUCUGUGCGGUUUCUUGGAUCAGGCAAUGGUAGAACCUUGCAGAUGAAUACUCUGCCAGUUGGAGGUGCUGAACUUGUGUAACUACUUCAGGAUCUUACGAUUCUUUGUAGGACUGCGCAGUUAUAUCUUAGUCAUAUCUAAGAUUUCUGUCUCAAGCUGGUGUUGUCUGCUCACAACUGCAACAAUAUUAAUGGAUUUGUUCAAUUUUUUUUGGAUCUUAUGCAGUCAUAUGAUGUUAGAGUUUCUGAUUGCUGCUGUGUGCAUCUCAAUGGUACCCGACAUAGCAUGUAAGAUUACUGGGCAUUGUUGUUCACUGAUGCUUUAUUUAUUAUGCAACAGAAAGAUUGUUUUUUUGUCUGUUGAAAUUUAUGCAUUCACGAUCAUGAAGAAUAUUACUUGUAUUACAAUUUUUUUAAAGAAAAAAUGGAUGAAAACAACAGAAGAAUGAAUUUGUUUAUGCCA